UUACUUCCGCUAACAGGCUAAAAAAAAAAAAGCUAACAGGCUCGAGUCUUUUAACGGUCCAGCUGGAUAUGGGGGAAGCCGACGUGACGCUGAACCAGGCCGACGAGAAGCCCCCGGACUCGGGGUUGGUUCCCGGGGAGGACUCGGUGGUCUGGAGCCACGAGGUGGAGGUCUGUCUGUUUCACGCGAUGAUCGGACACAAACCCGUGGGAGUGAACCGACAUUUCCACAUGAUCUGCAUCAGAGACAAGUUCAGCCAGAACAUCGGACGCCAGGUCUCGUCCUCCGUCAUCUGGGAUCAUCUGGGGACCAUGUACGACAUGCAGGCUCUGCAUGAGUCAGAAAUCCUCCCGUUUCCAAACACAGAGAAGAGCUUCAGUCUCCCUGAUGACAUCAUCCAGGAAGUGAAAGAAGGUAAACUGGGCUCAGAGGAGGAGACCAAGGAGGAGUUCAGGAUGGAGAGAGAACCUCCUGCUACUCAUGAAGAAGGGAGUAACUCCUCUGUGAAGAUGUCGGAGCGAGUGAGCAGCAGUCGGGAGAAGGAGAGGGAGCGAGACAAGGAGAAGGGAGGAAGUGAAGGAGCAGCGGCGGCUCCAGGAGGAGGAGGAGGAGGAGGAGGAGGAGGAAGUACAGGAGGAGGCGCGGGAGCAGGAGGGAAGGAGGCGGAAAAGAGGAAGAGGAGUAGAGCGGCGGAGAAGCUGCUGUCGCCCUCCAACCCCUCUAGUCCAGGAGGAGCCAAGAGGAGGCGCACAUGAGGCAGGAGGAGCAGGAGGAGGAACACAUGUAGAAGGAGAAGAAGCGGCUCGCUGUGAUUGGCUGCUUCCCACCUGUCACUCUAAUCCGAGCGCGCUCAGAGGAGUGGGUUCAGGUUGUAGUUUUUAUCUGUAGUUUUGUGUUGGUAUGUGUUGGUUUUCCCUGAGUUUGGCCUCUCAGGCUGCAUCACUCCACCUGAACUCUAGACAACCAGGAAGCAGCGAACGCCUCGUUAAUGAGCGGGGUCCUUAACGAGCGAGAGGGGAGGGGUCCUUAACGAGCAGGAGGGGAGGGGUCCUUAACGAGCAGGGGGUCCUUAACGAGCAGGUGAAGGCUGGGUCACGUUACGUCUCUUUCUGUUUCCCUGAUUUCAGAUUCAAGUCCCAGUUUGUUCUCACAUUAGGUAACUACAACUCCCAGCAUGCAUUACGGCAAGAAACAUUUUCCUUCCUUCCUCAGACAGCUGACUACAGCUCCCACGGUGCAUUUGGGCGAGAACCGUCCAAUCAGGUCGUGCGGUGCGCUGUUAUUAAUUAUUUUUAUUUUUUUUAAUCUUCGUCCCUCAUUCGUGCAGCUGCACCAGGGCAUCAUGGGUGUUGUAGUACUCGGGCCUCUUUGGCUGCAAACUGUCAGUUGUUUGUGACCUUUUGAUUUUUAUCUGUCACCACGGUAACGUUACGUGGCCACGCCUUUGUAGUUGUAGCUCCACCCCCUGUGACGACGAUGAUGAUGAUGAAGAUGAAGUGUUUCUACUGAGACCAGAGGUUCAGACUCGGCUCCGCGCGUCUUUUUCGUUGUUUUCUUUUACAUUUUUAUUUACUUUGGUUUUUCCUAUUGUUGGAUUCUUUUAUACUUUGUUGCAGUUGGAUGAACAAGAGACGUCUUAAUUUAUUCAUGAUGAUGCUGUGUCAUUAAAGAUAAACUCUGAUCA